AUGGGUAAUACAAGUUGCACAGCCUGCAAGAGUUGUGGAGGAGAGUCAAAUAUUGAAUUCAAUGAUGAUGAUCCAAAUCCAAACUCUCAAAUUGAUCAAAUCAGAAAGUCAUAUGACAACUCUGCCAUUCUGCCACAAAAGUAUAGAGGAGCAUAGUAUAUAUUAGAUGCAACCCAAUCAUCUAAAACUCAUAAAGUAAUUAGAAACACACAAGAAAAAGAAAGUUAUAAAAGACUUACGAAGUAUUUUACCAGAUAAGAAUUGAGAGAAACAAUCAAGCCUAGUAAAUUACACUCAUUAUAAUAUAUUUUAGAGGAGAAAGGCACUAUAAAUAAGAAAAACCAAACAAAGCCGCCAUAUAAAUAUAAAAACGGAGCGAUAUAUGUAGGUUAAUGGAAAGGAGGAUUCAGAGAUGGAAAAGGUAGAAUGGACUGGCCAGAUGGAGCAUCAUAUGAUGGAGAGUGGGUAUUAGGUUAUGCACAAGGCUUGGGAAUUUUUAGUGAUGAGCUGGGAAACACAUAUGUUGGUUAAUUCAUUAUGUCAAUGGCUCAUGGUCGUGGAGAGUACACUAAUACUGAAGGCUCAGUCUAUGAUGGUUAAUGGAGAUUUGAUAAAUAAGAAGGAUAUGGUAUUGAAAAAUUAGCUAGCGGCUCAAUCUUUUAAGGAAAUUAUUAAGCAGGAGCCAAAACUGGAUACGGUGAAAUGACUUUUGCUGAAACCAGUGCCUGCUAUAAAGGAGAAUGGCAAGGUGGAGUUAUGUAAGGAUUCGGAACUUACUAAUGGAAAGAUGGAAAAUCAUAUACUGGUUAUAUGCUAAAAAACAACAUGGAUGGAGUUGGUAGGAUGACUUGGUCUGAUGGAAAGUAGUACGAAGGCCAAUUUGUGAAUGACUAGAAAGAAGGCUAUGGAUUUUAUUAAUGGCCUGAUAAUAGAAGUUUUGAAGGAUGGUGGCAUAAGGGAAAACAGCACGGAAUAGGUAUAUAUAAAAAGCUAGGAGAUGAGACUUAAAAUGGACUUUGGUAAAUGGGAAAAAGGAUAAUGUGGUUUGAUAAAAAGUAAAUAAGUAUGAUUUAGAAUGGGUCUUUGGAUUACUGUCAAUUCUAUCAACCUUAGAAAUCUAAAGACAAGAAGGAUCAUGAAAUGACUGCCGAAGAAGUUAUUACAAAAUAUAAAAAACUUGAAAAAAAUAGAUAAGAGAAGUUAAAAUCAGAAAAGGUUAGUUUUGAAUGCCCAAACUCAGUAAAAAAGCUUCUAAAGAAACUUUAACAGUAAUCAAGAUGA